AUGGCGUUUCGUGUCGCUCGUUUCCUCACUCGUCCAGUACAUCGCUAUCAGCCACGACCUCCUUUAUCUCCUAGUUUGUGUCGUAAUUUGGCGACACCACCACCGGCGUCGGAAGGAGCGGACGGACCCAAAGGAGAGAAACUGGCAGCCAAAAGGAAGGAGGAAGAUGACGAGCUAAUAACGGAAGAUCUCCUUGAGGACAUUUUGGAAGAUCCAUACGAUGGAGACGACACUGUAUCUGCGGGACACAUGAUGCUCCAGCAACAAAGAGAAACUCUUCACUACCUCCGUCUCAUCGAGCAUGAGAUGCCCAAGCUUGUCGCCUACCGGAAACCAUUUAUUCCCCCAACAUCAGCUACACCGCUUGUAGUCAGGUCUCUAGGCUAUGGAGGAGAGCCGCAUCCUGCUACGAAUAAGCGCGUAGUGGUUGUUGCUGUAGACGACCUCCCGUUGAAAGACGAAGCGGCCAUACACAGAAUAAAGGUGCUUGCAGGGCCAAGAUGGGCACCCCGACCGCCGUUAGACGGUGGUAUCAGCAACCUCGAUAAUUGGGGCAAUGGAUACAUCAAAAUCUCAUGCGAAAACUUUCCUCGGCCAGAGAUGAACCUAUCGUGGGCCAGCGAUACACUGGACAGAUUGAUCCAGGAGGCCAAUGAAAGAAUAAACUCGACGAUGUACCCUCUCGACCUUCGACAUAUAUUUGCUCGGGCCCGUAAGGCUAAAAAGGGAGAGCAUCUACGUGGUCGUAUCUAUUCCCGACCGACUAUCCACGAUUUCCCGAAGGAAUGGCUACCACCAACUGCUACUAGUGAUAGCAAUUGACCACUUAAUAACACUUCAUCACCCAUCCGAAUGAGUAUGCGUGCAUUACAUCGGCGAAUGCCCUAUGCCUUGGAUACAAGACCGCCAGAUCUAAUCAUGUCGAAGAAAUCGUCCUUUUCAACUGCAGCUGAACAUGAGGCAAUAUUAUCAGAGAUAUGUCAGACACAUAGAAAGAGACGCGUCAAACCUUCUUUCCCUCUCCCAAUAAUAUUGUCACGGUUUUUACCCUUUGAUUUUUUCGACUUGUCGGCAGCCGGCGCGGGUAAGGAUGGUUUGCCACUACCUCUUGCAGCCUUUUUUUCUUGUUGCACAUUGGUAGCGUCUGCUUGAGCCUGUUGUAUGACAUUAAACAGUUUGACGAC